AUGGCUGCGGCUCGACGCGACGCGUCGCAGGAUCGAGCUUUAUGUGUUGCCGUGCUCUUGCUGCUGCUGCCGUCGCUCGUUCAGUGCGCGCAGCUGUCGUGGCUGAAGCAGCAGGACCUCCCAGUCUCGUGCGCUCAGAACGACAACUCGUGGUACUGUGCAUCGUGGGACCAGUGCGUGAGCAGCGACCAGCUGUGCGACGGAACUGCGGAUUGCAACGACGAGAGCGACGAGCUGCCGUGGGAGUGCGGAGGGUACGAGGACGGCUGUCCGCCUGACAUGAUUGCCUGUCCAGUCACAACCAUAUCUGACAAGCUAUGGUGCAUCGACCCAGCUGCAGCGUGUGACGGUUCUACCGACUGCCCCUUCAGCGCCGAUGAGUGGCCGGGUUUCUGUGUGGACUUCAACAGCAAAGCCACCUGCCCGAACUAUCCGAACCAAGUGCACUGCCCCGACGGCCAAACCUGCGGUUCAGGCAUGGUGUGCGAUGGCGUGGCUGAUUGUCCGUCGGUGUCGGGAGGAGCGGGGACCGGAGGGGGUGGGGGAGGAGGAGGAGAAUUGGGAGGAGGAGCGAGUGGGGGGCUGUUCCCUUCGGAUGAGGAUCAGGAUUACUGUGCGGUGUACGAGUGUCCGGAUGGGUACUGGAAGUGUGGGAAUAUCGUGCAGUGCAUAGCUGAAACGCUCAAGUGUAACGGCGUGAAGGAUUGCAGCGAUGGGAGUGAUGAAACGGACUGCAGUGGCUCGGGUGGGAGCAACAGCAGUGACUCGGAUUCUUCUCAAGAUGACACGACCUCUUCUGGAAUUGACACGUCUGGAGAUGACACCAGUGGAGGAGGUUCAGUAAGCAAGGCGAUUGGCAACGCACAGGGUGCUGUUAACCAAGCAGCUAAUGGCGCAGCGAAGGCCAUUGGAGGGCUGGCGAAGAAGCUUAUAAAGGGGGGAAGUGCGAGAAAGAAGAAAGUGAACCCAGGGGUUGUGCCAGGAGCAGGGGGAGCUGCAGCGAGUGGAGCAGCAGGUGGUGUCGGAGGAGGUGAUACGCCAGGUGGAACCUCAGGUGAUGCCUCAGGUGAUACCUCGGGUGAUGCCGCAGUUGACGGUGCAGGUGAUUCGUCAGGCGGUGCUUCAGCUGAUGGUUCUGGUGAUGCUUCAGGUGAAUCUUCAGGGGGAAACAGCGGCACUGGUACUGGCACAGGAACCUCCUUGGUUGGUGCUCAGAGCAGCCCGACAGGCAGCAGUGGCAGUAAGAAUGGUGGUUCUAAAUCAGGGACUGCGUUUACCACUCGCACCGUCGCAGAACCGAAUCUCACUCCUUCCGACCCCUCAGCUGGGACAAGUGGGGGCAAGAGGGGAGGAAACGCAGCGUGGAGCGGACAGGAUGGGAUUAGCAGCAAGUCAAAGAAGAAGAAGAACCGGGAGGGAUUCUGGGCGUGGGUGAAGAGGAAAGCGAAUGAAGCCAAGACAAUGGUGCAGGCUGCAGCAGAGAAAGGAAAGGCACAAGCAACGGCACAGCUGAAGAAAGUGCAGAAGAAGGGGGGAGCAAACAAAAUGCAAGGGAAGGAUGCAGCUCAGGCGAACCAGGUGCAAGCGAAGGUCGCUCAAAAGAAGCAGGGACAGCAGAACAGAAAGGUGCAGGCGAAGAAGGGUUAG